CUCGUUGACUUCGUCGAUGUGACUCUGUUUCCGGAUAAUAUUUCAGCUCAAGGAAGGUUUCCACUAGUUACCACAGCCACAAAUUGUCUAUAUCGUAAAAUUCAUGAAAACUAAAAUUUGCUUUGUGUUCUUAAUUUAAGGUUAGGCAUAAGGUUAGCAGUAUAGUUUAGGUUUAAAAAUCACAUCUAAAGAAGUUACAUUGUAGAAAUACACGAGGUUUAUGACUUUGUGGCUGUGGUAAGUAGAAGAGACCGUGUAAAAUUGCUGCAAUGUUUACGUGUUGUCUGGGAUGCUGCGGAGAUGGGGGAACGGGGCAUCUUCCUCUCAAAGAAAUGCCCACCGUCCAGUUAGACACGCAUCAUAUGGGCACCGAUGUAGUCAUAGUGAAGAGUGGCCGGAGAAUAUGUGGCACCGGUUGUUGCCUUGCCAACGCUCCCCUGCACCAAAACAAGAGUUACUUUGAGCUCAAGAUCCAGUCCACAGGUAUAUGGGGGAUAGGUGUGGCCACUCAGAAGGUGAACCUGAACCAGGUCCCCAUGGGGCGGGACAUCAACAGCCUUGUCUUGAGGCAUGAUGGCUCGGUGUACCACAACAACGAGGAGAAAAACCGCCUGCCUGCCAACAGUCUUCCACAGGAGGGGGACAUCAUGGGCAUCACAUAUGACCACGUGGAGAUGAAUCUCUAUCUGAAUGGGAAGAAUAUGCACUGUCCAGCUUCAGGAAUCAGAGGCACCGUCUUCCCGGUGGUUUAUGUGGAUGACAGCGCCAUCUUAGACUGCCAGUUCAGUGACUUCUACCAUGCGGCACCGCAAGGCUUCGAGAAAAUUCUGUUUGAGCAGCAGAUCUUCUGAGCAGCACCUCCGUAUACCUCCAGACCUUUAUACAUACACACACACAACCCUCAGCUAAAAGUGCUCCUUGUUGCUCUGCAGAAAUCUGUGACCUCUUCGUUCCGACUGGUUUGAGUAUCCCUUUGUGUGUGUGUGUGUGUGUGUGUGUGUGUGUUGCGUUGCGUCCUAGUUACGCUCUGCUUUAAUGCUGUUCUGGGUCCAUGUGGGUAGUUUAGCUCUUGUUUGAUGCCAACACUGGAGCAGUAAGAAAACGGAUCCCCAAACAACAGUGUGGUGUGCAUUUGCAACUGAAAGUCAAUAUUUAUUUUAUUCAGUUAUAAUCAUCCUGAUUGCCUCAAUCUUUUAUGGUUGCUGAUUCUUUCAGAAAAGAGAGUUUAAACAAUGUUUAGGUGUUUUCUUAUUUAUAUUUAUUUGUUAAGCUGACACUAAUGUUCAAUGUUUUGUUUCCCUGAUAUUUUGAUUUGUUAUUUUAAUUAUGAUCUGUCUUUAAAAGUCAUUUGUUAUGGCUCUGAUUGGCAUUCCAAAUAUCAGCAAUCUGGCGAAGCUCUGCUCAUUGGCUGUAUUCGGGGAUGUGACAUUUUCCGACCCUACUGUAUUUCACAGGUCAGAUAAAUGCAUAUCCUCCUUUGAAGCGUGAAAACGGUCUUAAAUGUUAAAUGCUUAUUUUUGUUUGCACUAAUGAGAUGUAUGUUGAAUAUUAAACCAAAUACAAUAAAGAAACUUGUCUCUGAAAGCA